AUGGAAUUUGGGCAAUACCACACGACCACAGCUGCAAAAGCAGCUGUCUACAGUUUGAAAUGUGGUCCAAAUCAGAGCCCAAUCGAAUUCCUUUCUAUACUAAAAGGAGAUUACAGCAUGGCAGAAAGCAAACCCCAAUUUGAAAGCCCAGAAUUUCCCAGCACCGGAAGGCCUAACUGUGAUAACAGAUUAACCCAGUCUGGAAGAAUUAAUAACGCUCCUAUUUUGCAGUUGUCCCUAAGGAUUAUUCCCACUCAUGCAGAGCAGUCCGUGCACAGGGAAUCAACACCUGACUGCCACGCAGUAUGCAGGAAACCCGUCAUCUCUAUUAUAGAGGAGGCAAUUGGUGACAGUGGUUAUCUGUGUAGGCCAUGGCUUUUGAUACCAGUACCAUCGCCUCAUACACGUACAGAGUUAAAAUUCAAUGAGUCGCACCGUAGCACAAGAAGUGCUAUAGAGAGAACAUUUUGUGUUUUAAAGAUGCGAUUUAGGGUGUUGGGCCGGGCCGGAGGAGACCUGCAAUACUCACCGGAGAAGUGCAAUGACAUAAUUCUUGUCUGCUGCAUGUUGCAUAACAUUGCCAUUUCUCAAGGAAACCUAGAGGAAUUGUGUCCAGAGGAUCCUAAAGAUGGCAUUUAUGUCCCCCAAGACAUAUUAAACCGUCACACUACUAGGGCCGGUGUUCAAACCGUAUUGAAAUUAUUGAAAGAUAUUUCUCAUAAACCAUGGAUGACACCUGAAUUGUUUAAAAUUGGACAUGAAUAA